GCUUGUAUUGCUCGGAAAGCAUCAGAGACAAGACAAGGAAGCUACAUAGAGCCGUAGUCGUAGUUGUCGAAGUGUGGGCACCAUGCACAUCAACGUGACAUCCCCAGUCAGCCAGCCUGAGACAUGGAGGUGCACUAAACCUGCCUCUAUCGACGCCACCCCCAACGCCUUCAUCCAUGGCGCUGCUAGACUAAUCCGUCCGCGUUGGAGAAGUCACGGCAUACCGUACAUGGUUCACUACGCCGUCCCGGAGUGCUGUGGUUCUAGCUAUUCUGGCAGCUUCCGUCUGCUACAUCUUGCACCACCAACAUCGGCACGGUUAGCGCUACCUAGAAUUUAG